UACUGCCUACAGAGGGAGCUGUGUUAUGGGGCGGAGGUAGCGCUUGCACUUCUUAGAUGAAGAGGAGCUAGCGUCUGAAAAAACCCAAGGCGAAAGGUCAGAUUUUUGUCAGUUAGAAUUUUAGGAAACUGUAGUGGCACCAGCUGUACCAGACUCAGAGCGUGACAUGGGGCAGAAUGAUCUGAUGAGCAAUGCGGAGGACGUGGCGGACCAGUUCCUGAGAGUGACCAAACAAUACCUUCCUCACGUGGCGCGCCUGUGUCUGAUCAGCACCUUCCUGGAAGACGGCAUCCGCAUGUGGUUCCAGUGGAAUGAGCAGCGGGACUACAUUGAGGCCACCUGGAGCUGUGGCUACUUUCUGGCCGCCUGCUUCGUGUUACUGAACCUGCUAGGACAGCUAGGUGGCUGUGUCCUUAUCCUCAGUAGGAAUUUUGUCCAGUAUGCUUGCUUUGCGUUAUUUGGAAUCCUUUCUUUACAGACUAUUGCCUACAGCAUUUUAUGGGAUCUUAAAUUCUUGAUGAGGAACCUGGCCCUGGGCGGGGGGCUCCUGCUGUUGCUAGCCGAGUCACGUGGAGAAGGGAAGAGCAUGUUUGCUGGGGUGCCGUCAAUGGGAGAGCACUCGCCCAAGCAGUACAUGCAGCUGGGCGGACGGGUUCUCCUGGUGCUCAUGUUCAUGACCCUGCUGCACUUUGACCCUAGCUUCAUCUCUAUUCUGCAGAACCUGGUGGGCACAGCUCUGAUCGUGCUGGUGGCAAUCGGCUACAAGACCAAGCUGGCCGCCCUCACCCUGGUGUUGUGGCUCUUUGCCGUCAACGUAUACUUCAAUGCCUUCUGGAUGGUGCCCACCUACAAGCCCAUGCACGACUUCCUCAAGUACGACUUCUUCCAGACCAUGUCGGUGAUCGGUGGGCUGCUACUGAUUGUGGCUCUGGGGCCCGGUGGGGUGUCCAUGGACGAGAAGAAGAAGUUGUGGUGAGACUCGACCCAAGUUACCAGGACCGACAGGACUGGGACCCCCCCCCCCCUUACCGAACAUGGCCUAAGCAGUACGCACCUCCUCCCUCUACCCCCCUCCCCUCAGCACUGUCUCAUUCUCCGUUUGUUUCAUGCUUCUUUUGCUAUUUUUUUGUGCGCAUCUUUUGUCUAUGCUUUCGAUAAUGCCAGCCCUUAACUAAAGACACAACCCACUGUUUUAGAGGACAUGUUUUACACUAUUGUGUGUAAAUGAUGGUAGCUGCUUUUGUGCUGAUUUUGAGUUAGUGCAGAAUAGAUGCAUUACUAUAUGUAUGGUCAGGUAGGUUUCUAUGAAGGGGCAAAUGCAGUACUUUCUAUCAAAUAUUUUAAGUUAGGAUGAACAAGGGAUAAAAAAAAAAGUACCUUUGGCUAGUCACAUAAUUUUACAGUUCAAUGAACUGGGGCGACAGGUAGCCUAGUGGUUAGAGUGUUGGGCCAGUAAUCGAAAUGUUGCUAGAUCGAAUCCCCGAGCUGACAAGGUAAAAAUCUGUCGUUCUGCCCCUGAACAAGGCAGUUAACCCGCUCUUCCUAGGCCGUAAUUGUAAAUAAGAAUUGGUUCUCAACUGACUUGCCAAGUUAAAAUAAAAAGCAUGUUAGCUGCUUUUUACUGUAUUUGUCUUGGUCCACGUUCUGAGUUUCUGUGUGCCUAUUCAAAUGCCUUGUAGACUCCCAUGAACACCUCAAGCCAUUUAAUGUACAGACACUUUCACAUGAGGAGAUUUAUAUUCUGUUCUUUAUUUAAAUUUUGUCACAAGUAUGAGUCCUCAUAGCAUUCCAUAUGACAAAUGUGAGUGCUGUCAAUUGAGUCCAAAGUUUACAAUUGGUUAAUUAUAGUAUUCUAUAUCAUCCAGCACAACAGGGCCAUUUAGCUUUAAAGCCCUCUAUCGUUGGUCUCACUCAGUGUAUUUCCAUUUAAUAAAGUAUGAGAAAAGUAAUGAUUUUCUAUUGUUUAUAAAUCAUAAACAAAAACAUUAA